AGCACGACGCUUUGCAGCAAUCUGGAGCUGCAGACGGCAGGCUGUCGCUACGGCAACUACACAUUCGCCAAUUAUUGGUUCUUACCCUUCGGAAAAGCAGUGUAGCGCUAUGGGAGUCUGGAUAGCGACUGAAAUUGUGAUGAAUUGACAAAAGGCUUUGUUUGUCUUUUUACAUUUCAUGUUUAUGAGAACUGAAGACAUAGAUAACAUUUUGUUUGAGACAUGGCUGAGAAAUUUGAUAACCUCGAAGAGCAUCUCGAAAAGUUUGUUGAAAAUAUUCGACAAAUGGGAAUCAUCGUUAGCGACUUCCAACCUAGCAGUCAAACAGGACUCAACCAAAAACUAAACUACAUGAUCACGGGACUGCAGGACAUUGAGAAAUGUCGCCAGCAGUUACAUGAGAUCAACGUUCCUCUCGAGGCAUUUGAAUACAUAGACCAGGGUCGUAACCCCCAGCUGUACACUAAGGAGUGUCUGGAAAGGGCCCUGGCCAAGAACGAGCAGGUUAAAGGCAAGAUUGACACCAUGACGAAGUUUAAGAGCCUGCUGAUCUCUGAGCUGGGCAAGGUUUUUCCAGAGGAGAUGACCAAGUACAAGGCUAUCCAUGGAGAUGACCCCCCAUCAUAGUGACCCCAGAACUUUAACCCUGACCCCUAACCCCCCUACUCAAAGCCACAGAGAGGUUUCACAGGGCAGGAUCGAUGAGUCAGCCAGAUGACGUGUAUUCAUAUUCAGGGUUUAUUAAUGGGAAAGUGGGUUGUUGACAUUGAGAAAUCACCUAGUCUGAGAUAAUGAGACAGCUGUAGAGGUAGUUGGAGGAGAAAUUCUUUGAUGUGGGGAGAGUAAUGUGGCAGGAAUAGUAAGAACUGGCAGCCAAGAACCUAUUGCCUUUUCGAAUAUCUAUUUGUUGUACUGGAAGUAUGUCAUUUACUCAGAAUGUGAUAUCUGGCUAACUGUUUCCUCCUGCUGUGUGAGAUCCCACCUAGAACAUGUAUAUAAUGUUUCUACUUAUACAGAACCUUUUUGUAAAGACUAAAGAUCAUUGUACAACACUGAAGAUCUGGUCUUGGACUCUGUUUUGUAUCAAGCUCAAGUAUCUUGUACAUGAUCAACAAACUAGAUCAGAGGUUUACAACACACAUUUUGUGUUUUGAUUGAAUCAUGUUUGUUUUGCUUUUUGUUUUAUAUUGCAAAUAAAUGGUCUUGAUUGGAA